AUGAAUGUGGUUGAUAAGGAGGCAUUGGUGGAUCUGAAGGAAAAUUUUGAAAACAAAGAGGAUGCCCUCCAUAUGAUAAUCCUGUACUUCAUCCACACAUUCAUUUACUCACAGUUGAAUGCUUCUCCCAUUUCAUUUUCUUAUUUCAUAAUGGUUGAAGAUGGAAAAUAUGAAUUCUUUCCUUGGGGUAAAGUUUCUUUCUCCAGGUUGAUGGCCUCACUUAGGCAAGAGUACUUUGUGGAUAAGCAACUUUAUAGGUUGGGUGGAAUCCCUCAGGUUCUUAAUGUGUGGAUGUUUGAACUAUGUUCAAAUGUUGAUACCAAAGUUGUGGUGAAGGAGGGUACAUCUUUGAUGCCAUCAUCAACUGGAAAUCCUAACAAGAGGAGUUACCAAGUCAAUUUACCCCAAGUUUCCACAGAUCAUGACAGUUUUGAUGACUUUAGUAUGACGCCUCCACAUUUUUUUAUGAAGGAAUCGAUACACGUAUCUGGUACAGUAUCUGCUCCUCUGUCAAAAAUGGAAAAGAUGUUCCUACUGGUGAAUCCAACAGAUGCAGAACAAAUGAGUAAAGAGGUUGAUGAUUAUACAUGCACAAACAGGAAGGAGGUUUUGGUUAAAGAAGACUUAGAUUCGUUAAAGUCCAACAUAAAGACAUAUGUGAAGACAUACAUUGAUAUGAAAUUCAAUGAUUUGGAGCAUGCGAUGAAUGACAGAUUCUCUGAACUCUUGAUGUCAUUGCAGUCGAAAAAUAAAAAUAUGGAAAAGGAACACGUUACAAAACAAAGCCUCAAAGGGGAUCAAUCUUCAGAAGAUGCUGUUGUUUUUGAAGGUCAUAGUAAUCCCAUUAGUCCAUAUUUUGUCAUGGAAAAAAUAGAGGAAAUGAAGAGCGGGCAAGACGGUGAGCCUUCAGCAGACGUUGUUCAUGAUGCAGUACCAACUAGUGUACACAGUCCAGUGAAAGAAAUGGACAAAUCAGUAGAAAUGGAGGAGGAUAAAGUCAAUCAAGCACCCUCACCUUUCAAAAGUUUAAGCAAUUUAGUAGAUGAUGAAAUUGAGAAACAAAGUGAAAUUGUUGUUGAAGAAAUGGAAUCAAUAGACAAGAUUUUUCCAGUUCCAGAGCCUGAUAUGACAUUAAUAAUUUACAAGCCUCCAACAAAAACUCCUGAUGAGCAUUUGAUUAGUGAGACUGAAAUUUUAUCUGCCUUCCCUACACCAAAAAAGAUUGUGUCGGAAGUUAAAAAGAUACUUGCAAAAUGGAAUAACAAGCCGUUAAUGAUUUACCGUUCACCUUUUUGGACCCAUUUUGGAUCAAGUUCAAAAGGAAAGAAAAAACUGGCUUCUAUAGAGCAAAAAAAGGAUUCAUCAAAUGUAGAGAUAAAAGUUUUUGAAGAAUGGAUUAAAGAAGGCCUUUACAUGCAAAACAUGAAAAAGGAAGAUGUGGAUGUUAUCAUGUACUACUUGCGGAAGAAGUACAAGAAAAAGAAUUUUUCAAUCAACAGAUACACUACAACAGAUUUCUUUUUCAAAGUGUACACCGAUAAGGCAUAUGUGAAUUACUAUGAAGAUGAUGUUGGUAAGGAUCUUACAACUCAAGAUGCAUCUGCAAAGAUUGAUGAGGUUAUUGAUAUGGAGAUGUCAUUAAUUAACACAAUCAAGGGGAUGAGUUCACGCGCAGGCCAGCCUUGGCAUCUGGUUAAUGAGGUGUUUAUACCUAUUAACUGUUAUGGUGCCUUUCACUGGGUAUUGGCAGUUAUUACUUUAAGAUAUCGAUGCAUUCGUGUUUAUGAUUCAAUAGCCUCUUCAUGGAAAAGAACAAAAACAAGUGAGAUUGAGGAGUUGGCUCAAAAGGUACCAACUGACUGGACUGCACUGGCAUCCUACAAGGGAAAGACCGAACGUGAUCCAUUUCAAGUGGAAUACAUAUCUGAGAUAGCACAACAAGAUUUUGAAAGUUUGAAUUGUGGUGUAUUUGUAGCUGUCUAUGCCGAGUAUCUAAGCGAGGGACUAGGCAUUCCAUCCUCGGGUGUUGAUGCUUAA